AACCCCUCGCUAAAACCGGAUGUAGAUUUCUCCUCUCUGUUCCGGAGAACAGCAGCACGUCGCCCCACCAUGAAGACGGUCCCGGUAGCCAUCGGCCGCGGGAGAAAGGUCGUGCGGAUCCACUGCACCGACGCGGACGCCACCGGUUCCUCCGGCGACGAGAACGAGGCUGCCAUGCGCCGGGUCAAGAGGCACGUCCAGGAGAUCGGGUUUGAGGUGGCGGCGGCGAAGGCGCAGGUUGACAGGCGGCCGCUCGCGGCGGUUUCGGGCUCCUGCUGUGGGAAGCGGUUCCGAGGCGUCCGGCGGCGACCUUGGGGCCGAUGGGCGGCGGAGAUACGCGCCCCAACGCGGAGGAAGCGGGUGUGGCUGGGGACCUUCGACACCGCGGAGGAAGCUGCCGCCGCGUACGACGCUGCUGCAAUCAGGCUCAGGGGAGACAACGCCGAGACCAUCUUCCCCGCCGGAACGGCGGCGGCGGCCGGAAACAGGGACUUAUCCUCCGUUGGGGAUGCUGCCGCCUCCGACAACCCGUUCUCCUCCCCGUCGUCGGUCCUCUGUAACGGCAUGGACAAGACGCCGUUCGACGUCCUGGGCCACGGCGACGUCGACGCUUUCGGGCUCAGCGUCGAUCCACCGUUACACACAAGGGAGUUGUACCCACCGAAGUGGCCGUGUGGGGACACAGGCGACGAGUUCGCGGAGUUCGCCGCGGAAGAUUUCCUGCUACCGGCAGCACCUUCGAGUCUCUCGAAUGCCGAUACUGCCCUUGCCUUGUCACAGUCGAAACGAGAACAUAUGGCAAGAGUGAACGGUAAGUCGUGCUACGUACGUGUAAGCCGUGUAUUGUCGCCAAAAGUCGUGCUACGUACGUGUAAGCCGCCAUAUUGCGGCAUGCGUGGCACCAUUUGAGCCGUCGAUCGGGGUGGCGGGAGGGCCCAGCUGUCGCCCGCGGCGUGAAUCUUCCGGCUCCCUCGAUCGGGAGAUACGUGGCACCAUCUCUAGAUUCCCAUCUAUGUAGAAUUUUUGCUCCCUAAUGGAUCGGAUUCGCUGGGCCCGCACCAAAAUCCGAGAUAACUAGCUGAAACAACCCGCGUCCAAGAAGGGUACAACGUCGGGUUCGGAUCAAUCAUGCGGGCAUCGUCAAUGUGCGGCCCGGUUUGCUUUGGGUCGGCAUCUGCUUAUAAAAGCAGAAGAAGGAAGACUGCCGUUUGACCUGCUCGGUCGACCAAGGUUCCUCCUUCUCAGGCCUCAAACUUGAAUCACCAUCAUUUUCCUCAGAUCCAUUUGCAGAGUCAUCGUACCCCAGAUCGUUGCACUUCGGAUCGGGAUACUGCCGCCGAGAGCGAUAGUUCGCAUCAUCGCCACCACCAGAAGCAGCUGGUGGUCUGAUUAUUUGGACUCAACUUCUAACCAGAAUGGGAAAUUGUUCAGGAAAAAAAGGUGGAGGGGGUGAUCUUGAAGAUGAGAUAAACUUCAGAGGUGGAAAUGUGCAUGUAAUAACUUCAAAGGAAGGCUGGGACCAAAAAGUUUCGGAAGCAAACAAGGAUGGGAAGAUAGUUAUAGCAAAUUUUAGUGCUGGUUGGUGUGGCCCAUGCAGAGCGAUGGCACCAGUGUAUAUGGAGCUGUCUGAGAAGUAUCUUUCACUGAUGUUUUUGUCGAUAGAUGUCGAUGAGUUAACAGAAUUUAGUUCGUCGUGGGAUAUCCAUGCGACUCCAACAUUCUUGUUCCUGAAAGAUGGGCAACUGCUGGAUAAGCUCAUAGGUGCCAACCGAUCUGACCUGGAGAAGAAGAUAAUCAUGUUUGUUGAUUCCUGCUCCAAAAAUUCAAAUCUAUAAUGCCAAGUCCCUGCACUCUAAAUCUUUUCUGUCAAAACAAUUGUCAGCUUAUCCGCCAUGAGAAAACACAUCUGUACCAUGAACUCCUUUUGUUCUAUGAAUUGCGUCAGUCGUGGUUUUCAAAAUGACCUCUCUUCCUCGCCA